GAACAGCUGAUUAUGUACAUGUUUAAAUAAAUUGGUUAUAAAUAUACAAGCUGGAUGAUUAUGGCACAAAUAUUCAGCAUAUUGCUGCUGAAGAGGAGCUGUAAUUUUUAACGUUUAAUGUAAAUACUGAACUUUGUGAUGACCAGCACGUCGACGCUAACCCCGAUUCAAUGUACGCGAACUUGGUCACGACACUGACAUAAGCCCUCAGGACAAGUAUAUAAUUACAGAAAAUGACAGUUUCGUUGUAACGAUCAAUGAUGAAGGUACAGUCCGUUAAAAUUAGAGUUGGCAUCAAGAGGAUCUGGAUGUGAACCAAAUGACGUUUAUAAAAUAUCACAAAAGAUGGGAUAGACGUAAAUAUGAAAGUAAAUUCUCCGCCUCGGUGGAACAUUUUGCCCCACACUACAACUGGACAGCGAAGUACUAUUUCCAACAGGUUUUUUUUUUACUCUCACAUCUAGAAUUGCCCAGUUAUAGGGAAAGUACGUGGCAUCUGACAGCAACAAAUGUAUCAGGAAAUGAUGAACAGGAGCUCUGUUUGCCACAGCCAUUUCCUCAUCUCAAAUUAUCUUUCCUAUUUAUACUGGGUCAGACUCAUAUAACAUUUAGACAGUGCUCGGAGGAGGAGGAGGAAGAUAAAAGGAGACGUUCACCACAAAGGACAGAAAGGCAGAACACGCGACAGUUCAUAAUUUUGGCUGAGGAGGUUGCCAGUGUUGUCGAUUGGCCUCCUCUAGAUGUGUCUGGCACUUCUGAUUUGACAUUUGAUAUGUUAAUGCCAACUCCAGUAUAAACAAACCAGUAACCAUAUUUCCUUGAAUACUUCAUGGCAUAAAUGACAUGACCCUGUAAUCCUCUCUGGCAAACCACAUUAGACAAAGAAAGAAAAAAUCCACAAAAUAAUGUGUGCUUACAAACAUCGUUUGUAACUGCACUGUAAUUAACUGCAAUGCAAUUACAUGAAAUAUUUUGUGGUUUUGUUUUCCUUAUGAUGAUUGCCAGGAGGAUUAUAUUUUAUUUGAUGAGGAUUAUGAACAAGAAAACAACUAAAAUACAAUGCGGAUUAUUUAAACAACAAUUGUAGAUGUGGAUGUUAUUUUUGUUCAUUAAAUAACCUUCUCAGAAAACACAUGUCUAUUACUCACAGUAAUAAUUCAUCUUCUCUAACAUGUCACUCGGUAUAAAUACCAAAAGGAAAAAUACAACACGGUAAUUUUCAAUUAUGCACUUGAUUUAUAAACUGCAUAACAAGCCAAGUUUUGCUUAUUCUUGUUGGCCUUACAACUAUGUGAUCAUGAAGAUGAGUGCAUACAACGACACACUAAUUAUAUAAGACAACAACUAUCAGCAAAAUACCAUUGAAGAAGCUGGCGGAUAUUGAGCAGAAACAAAUACUGCAGACACAUCUUCAGAAUCUAGUCAACAUACAACCGUAAGAAAAAAUAUCAUCGAUGCCAUGGACAUGGAACGGUCAAACAAACAACAGGGAAUUGUGGCCAAAAGUGGCAAAACCUUCAAGAAAAGAAUUUCGUCUUCCUCUGAAAUGAUACAUACUACACCUAGUAAAACAAAAAGAUCAAAUUAUGUUAACAGACCAACAACCAAACAAACAAACAAACAAUAUACACUUAAUUAUAAACAGCACAGACAAUCUCCAUUAUGCUCCAAAAUCAUUAGCAACGCUAAAAAUUUAUUGUCAGUUGAUAAAAGCAAAUACAGCGUCAAACAUGCUUUGAUUUUUCAAGAAGUCAUCAGACAAGACCACACAUAUUCAGUCAAAUAAAAACAUGUCUUUGUCAAUACCACAUGUACCAAUUAUUCAUACAAGAGCAAACUUCAACAACUCCUCACAAAGCUUACAAUCCAUUAGGGAUGGAAACUUUACAAUCAAUACUCCUGAACUUACAAGAUCUUACACACCUAGAAAUACAAGGAACCAAUCCACCAUGGAUGACGAAAGCAAUAACACAACUAACACAUGUAUGAGACCCAGUUAUCACACCUUCAUAAUUCGCAUGUCCCACAUCUCCAAUGCUAACCGGACAUCACAACAAACCUCAAUCAGAAGAUUAAACCAACCAACAUUCACUGCUAUUGAACAGAGACCAUAUUCAUAUCUUCUUCUUCUUCUAUGGCUCUCCGGUCUGUAUUCAGUCCAUGG